AUGACAGAAAUUACUAAUUCAAAGCAUGUCAACAUUGACAGAGACUCCAAUAUUUACUCAGAUUUGAGUAUUCCUGCAAAUCAAUAUGCCUCUAUUCCUGUUCAAGUAACACUACCAAACAAUAAUAUUUUGUCAACUAAUUUUGCUUUAUCAGAUACAAUUUUGGAAGUUAAACGUUUCAUUUUACCAGCCUUACAACCAAAAAUAGAAAAUAUACAACAAAUAAAAUGUGUUAUGUACGAGGAAGAUAAAGUAUUUGAAACAGAUGACUACACAGUACUAAAACAAAAAUGGAAAAAUUGUCCCAUUCAAAUAUCAGUAAGUAUCGAACAUCAUGAAAACAUUGAAAAGAUACCCAAUGAGUCCAAUACUUCAGCACAGCCUUUAAUACAUCCAAAGUAUGGAAAUAUACUCGACACUAAUGCCACAGUGCCAAAAUAUAUAAUAGGAUAUAAAAAUAAAAAUACCGGUAAGCUAUACAGAAACACAACCGUACAAACAGUAUUUGAAAAUAUUGAAUUUGAUAGCCAGUACUUCGAGAAUAAAAUGUCAAUGGCAAUUCAAACAAUUCAAACUAACGAUGCAACUACUGAAUCUAUGGUUGAGUUUUGUACUCAAACUGAAUCAAUGGAUGUACUUCGAUCAUUAAGUGUAAUGAAAGAAAUAAGUAUUACAAACAAAAUAAAAGACAGAAUAAAAGACCUCGAUAAAUAUGCACGCAUAAUACAAAAAUCUGUACGAUUGUGGAUAACAAGAAAGAAAUUUGAGCACAUGUUGGAAUACUAUUACUACAAAAAGCAAUUAAUGUGUGAUGAAGAGAAAAACUUAAAAAAUAUUAUUAAGUCUGAAAAGUUACUAAAUAAAUUAAAUCUACAGUAUCCAACUAAGACUAACGAUUUUGAAGCUCUUUAUUCUAUAGUUCAUGAGCAUUUUAUAAAAAUCAAAAGUUCUUUAAACAAUAAAUCACCAAAAUGUGCAAUAAAUGAAAAUAAAGAACACUUAAAAAAAAAAUUGGAAUGUUAUAAUGAAAUAAACAAACAUAGGAAUCAAGUUAAAGAAAUAGUAAAAGAUAAAAAAAUAUUUCAACAACUAAAUAAAAUAUCUAAGCCAAUCAUCAUAACAAGAAGCACUGGAGAAACAAUUUCCAUCGAAACUCCAGAAACGGAUCAUGCCAAACAAUUGAUGAAACUUUACAAAGAUCUAAAGAGAAAUGAUUUGAGUAAAGACGAAAGAACUAAAUUGCUUUUAAGCUUGCGAGAAACUUUAGAGCUGUUUAAAGAAAUUGAUUUAACUAAACCAGUUAUAGAUUUGUUAAAUAGAGAGUUGACUAUGAUAAAUAUUAUUCAAGUAAAAGACGAUAAAUUAACAAUUUUAAGGAAACGUAUUGAAAUAUCUAUGCAAUCGAUACUAAAAAAACCAGAAAUAAAUCCAGCGAUCACAUCAAAAAUAUUAAAACCUGUAAACUACAUAAAAUGUCAUAGUUGUUGUAAGUUAAAACCUUUGAAUAGAUUUGUGAUGAAAUUAAAUUUAACAAAACCAAAAAAAUGUAAAGAUUGCAAUAAUUUGUACAGACUUACAAUAGCGCCAAAAAAUUUAACACCUCAUGAAAACAUAUUGAAAAAUAUUAAAGCAACUGAGGCACAACUAUGCUCAAAGACUUGUUUAGUGUCUCUAUUAAAUGCAGAAGAUAUAUAUUACCUAGUUACAAACAUAUGGAAAGGAAAAUCAGCUAUUAGUGACUGCAAUGACAUAAUACAACUGAGAUUAGUGAGGUGGAAUAAAGAACUAGAAUGGUCCCCUUCAAACACAAUAUUAUUGAGUAUUGAAGAGGCUAAUUCUCAUUCCAAGAUUUCCAAUCUAUCUAAAAUGUAUUCAUCAACACUAAUUGAUAGUAUACAUUUUAAACACAUGGUUGCGAAAAAACAUUACAAAGGCCUAAUAAAAAAAGCAGAUGAACGUGAUCGUAUUAUAAAGAUACGUAACCACAAUAUCAGAAACAAUUAA